AUGCGAUGUGUUCUCGAGAAUUUGGAUGCUAUGAUGCUCCUUCUCAAUUUGCUCCUUCUCAAUUUCAAACUUCAACUAAUAUCUUUCAGACUCCACAUCACCGCUCGAAGCCCUGCUCUUAAACGAAUCGACCGAGGAAUUCCACUUAAUAUCAGAAGUAUUGAUAUAGAAGAACAAUAUGUUCGAAGAGCUGAUUUAUUGGGAAUGAACGGCUAUAAGCCAUUAGUUUUUCGUAUAGACGGCGAUGUAUCGAUUGUUCUCGAUAUCGAGUCAUUGCAUUUUGCCGCGUUUGGAAGACGAGUUUGCAGACGAGAAGUACCAUUUGGGAACACGGAGAAGUAUUUAAACUAUUAUUUGGGAGGAGGAAGAACAAAAGUUUCUGUGGAUAAGUUUUCAAUUGGAUUGUCCAGAAUAACACCACCAGUGGGUGUGCAGUUAACAAUCAACGAGUUGGAUAACCGUCGGUCUGACUUUAGAAAAAUCCUACCGAACAUUAACCCUGAUAGUUUUCCUCUCAAGAUGUUUGCAGCCGAGUUCACUGAUGCGAUCGAUUUCGACCAUCAAAUCGUCCAUUCUUCUAAAAAUGUGGUUCUCAGUAUGAAUUGGUAUGAAUUCACCGAUGAAGCUUUACUUAGCCUUGCCAGACAAUUUCCAACCAAGGAUAUUCAAUUCGAUUGCAAUCUUUGGCAGCAUGACUUAAUUCUUAACUUUAUCAAGACUUGGAUCGAGAAUCGAAAAACAAUCGGGGCAAAAUCCUCGUUCCUUUUCUCUUCAUAUAGGUGCCUCCCUUCGACUUUCGAUAAACUUUUGCAAGAGUUUAACAACAUGCAAGAAGUGAAUGAGCGAAGCAUCUCAUCGUUCACCAUCCCAAUCAAUUCUCAGUCUAAGAUUCAUGUAUAUGGAGUCGAUGAGCCUAAACGUCUGGUGGUAGAAGUGGUUCCAACAACGAUUUCUGUUUAA